GAGGUAGAGGGGGUGGGGAUGGAAGGAGCUGGAUGGGGACGAGAUAUUCUCUCCUGGUGGAUGCUGCCUGUCCUCUUCAUGGCUUUUCUCGUCCGUUCUCCAGUCUCCCCUCGUCCCCGGCGCAAGGACCUGCAGCGGCACUCAGCAGCCACGCAGCCGGGGAUGAAUCAGCCUCGACAAAGAGCCUUUGAGAUGGCAGCGUGCGCUUGUGCCUGGAGCGAGGAAUGCAUCAGGCUUUCCCAGGCAAGCGGCAGCCUGCAGUGCUCGCUGGAUUGAGAGCCAGUCCUCUCGUGUCCGCGUGCGGGUGCAUGUGUGUGUGCGUGCGUGUGCGUGCAUGAGCGGUGUCACAAGCCGUGUAUGCUCGUGUGCAUGUGCUCACUCUUGCUUUCAACCCUUCCUGGAGGAGAGUGGCUUCCCCCCCCCCCCCGUCACUGGACAGCAAGGUGACAAAUACAAACGUGUCUCUACAGGGAUAUUUUGACGCAGGCAGGCUGUCUCCCUUGCGGACGUGAAGAUGUUUCGCAAGAAGAAAAAGAAGAGGCCUGAGAUAUCAGCGCCCAAGAACUUUGAGCACCGUGUCCACACCUCAUUUGACGCCAAGCGAGGCUGCUUCGUUGGCCUGCCCGCACAAUGGCAAAGCCUGAUAGAGAACCUGCGCAGGCCAAGGCCCAUGGUGGACCCUUCCAGGAUUACGGAAGUGGAGCUGAGGCCCAAGAAGACCAUUGUGCGUGGGAGCAUGAUUGGUCACGGAGACUACAUCACAGCCAUGAUCAACGAUAUGAGCCGUCUGUCUGUGACCAGCUCCAAUUCUUUGCGAAAGAGCAGCCCCUCAGCCAGGAAGAGAGCCCAGUCUUUGGGAAGGCUGGGAGAAGUGAACGAAGGGGACACCUACCAAUACGAAGGCCUGAUUCAAAAUGAUGAUGAUGAAGAGGAUGCAGCUCAGGAUCUUUGGAGGGACAAAGCGAGGAACAUCCACAGUGAGUCCAACACUCCGUACUUGGGCAUGAAGAAGAGCAUCACUUUGCAGCCCAAUGGGAUUUUACCAAAAGCCACAUCCACCUACGAGGUCGGUGGCAUCCCAUUGGAAGGGCCGUCUCAAGCAGGCCAAAACCAGAACAUUCCGGUGCCGAGUCAUGGGUCUUAUAUGGGAGGUGAUGUGGGCAGCCCUCAGGAAAGAGUCAUAUGGAAGAGAGACUUUCAUCUGCCCAGAGGAAUUCCACCAAAUCAAAUACCUGUUGCAUGUUUCUAUAGCCCGGGUCUACAGCAGCACCAAGAUCAAGGUGUCAGCCCCACGGAGCUCCGGCCCAGUGUGCCGAUGUACAUGCACCCCCAGAACAGCCCGGGGAGGCCUUUCUCCUCCUAUGACCUGAAAACGGAUUCGGCAGGGAGGUACCACUCCUUCCUGCCCACCGGCACCAGCAGUCCUCUAGUGAGCGGCAUCAGACCACAGCGGACUGUACGAUCCUCAGCGAGCUACACUUUAGGACUGUCCCCCAAUAUGGGACUAAGGCCCAACGGACCAGAGCCUUUUCUUAGGCACUCUGGAUGCCCCAAUCCUCCUUACCCACGACAGGACAGCCCAUCCCAACCUCGACCCUCCCCUACAGGCUCUCUUGCCACUAGUCCCCCCGGUACAUGCUCACCCGCCUUCAGACCCCCUCACCCUUCACCCCGACCGCCGCCAGACCCACCAAAGGUAACCCAUGAACAGUUCAAGGCCGCCCUGCAGAUGGUGGUGGAUAAAGGUGAUCCACGGUCUUACCUGGAGAACUUUGUGAAGAUUGGGGAGGGUUCGACGGGAGUGGUGUGCAUUGCCUCAGAGAAGCACAGCGGUCGGCAGGUGGCGGUAAAGAUGAUGGACCUGCGGAGGCAGCAAAGGAGGGAGUUACUCUUUAACGAGGUGGUCAUCAUGAGGGACUACCAGCACAGAAAUGUCGUGGAGAUGUAUAAAUCUGCCCUUGUGGAGGAAGAACUGUGGGUGAUCAUGGAGUACUUGCAAGGUGGAGCACUAACCAACAUUGUGUCUGAGACCAGGCUGAGUGAAGAGCAGAUUGCCACAGUGUGUGAAGCUGUUUUGCAAGCCCUGGCCUACCUCCACUCGCAGGGAGUCAUUCACAGAGACAUCAAGAGUGACUCAAUACUACUCACAUUAGACGGAAGAGUCAAACUGUCCGACUUUGGCUUCUGUGCUCAGAUCAGUAAGGACAUCCCCAAGAGGAAGUCUCUGGUGGGGACUCCUUAUUGGAUGGCUCCAGAAGUCAUUUCCAAAUCACCGUAUGGCACUGAGGUGGAUGUCUGGUCCAUGGGCGUCAUGGUGGUGGAGAUGGUGGAUGGAGAGCCGCCGUACUUCAGUGAAACCCCAGUGGCAGCUAUGAAGAGACUGAGAGAUGAGCCAGCUCCGACUGUGCAAAACGUCAGCCAGGUGUCCCCAGUUCUCAAAGACUUUCUGGACCGUAUGCUGACUCGGGACCCCCUGGAGCGGGCCAGUGCCACUGACCUGCUGGAGCACCCCUUCCUGCUGCAGAGCGGCUCACCUCACUGCCUGGUCCCCCUGGUGGAGCAGUACCGCAAGCGCAUGUCCCGCUGCUGACCCUGUGGUGCUCCCGGGUUCCCAACACCCACUUAAAGUCCAACCCUGUGUCUUGUGAGGACCAAGCUCAGUGGUUCAAUUCUUCACGCACCCAAACCGACGGGCUGCAUGGACGCAGGCCUGGACAGCAUGUUGCCACGAGAGCAACAAUGGCGAGGACGGCAAGUUCGGUCGUGAGGCACCGUAUGGUCUUUUGGGCACGCGAGAAGCACUUUAGCACUGAGUUCAAGGCAGCAUGCAACCACUCAUCUCUAACUCAGUCACAACACUGAUUGGUUUCCUGUGAAAUUCUGUGGGCUUCAGCACACGCAAGAUGGUGCAUAUCAAAUCAAUAUUCCACGUAACGAUAUGUCAUGUGCUACUGCUAAAGAAACACUUUAUAUUUUUAUAGUGGGUAUUAUUUAUGGUGGAGUAAAGCUGUAAGAGCUGCUUUUCAAUUGGAUGGAUAUUACCUCCGCACAGUCACAGAGUUGUGGUCCCAGUCCCAGCAAACAAUGUCAGGAGACUCUUUGCAUGGCCAAAUGGAGGCACACCUGGGCUGAAGUGAAUGCUUGAUGUACGAAACGAGGACGUGAAAGAGCAUCCUCUGUUAUUAGCAUAACAAGUGGUUAGAUGAAAGCCAUGCUGCUAUUGUGGGCUCACUGGAAAAUCUCUUUUACACAUAUAUUCUUUAUUUUGUGGGUUGUUUGUAUGAUGUGAAGGUACAAAUAGGUUUCCAAUGAUAACUAUGGACCUAAACAUAAGCAGAUAAAUCCAUAAUGUACAUAAUAUACUGACUAUUCGGUCUUUAUGACUGCUUAUCUACCACAGCAAAAUAUAUCCAAGUAAUUCUACUUUCUUUACAGAUUUGUGAGCGUAUAGCUACGUGUGUAUAUAAGGCGUGUGCAUGUGUGUUUUCGAGCACAUGGAUGUACGGGUGGGGGCAUCUCAGCGAAACAAUCCUCUUUGUAUUGUAAUUUUUUUUUGGUUCAUUUUCGGGGGGGGGGAAAUGAAAUGCAACUUGUGUAUUGUUCCUUAAGAUUUUUUUGAUUUUUCUAGUAGAAGCACACACGCCUGGCAUGUGAUGCUGCGAGACGUCCACAUGCUGAGAAACACUUUGCACAUACAUUAGUCUUUGACUCGUGUAUUUCUGUGUGUGUGGCUCAUUGAUGAAAAAGAGAACUACACUUGAUUUUAAUUUUGUACAAACCAAAUAAAUGACGCAUAUGGAA